UCACUUGUCAUUUAAUUGUCGAAGUGGUUGCGUCGCACUUUCGAGCUCUGUGAAUACAUAUAGAAUCCUACUUUGCUGCUCUCCUUCUGCAAGAUUUGCUUUUUUCAAAUUUGUAAUAAAUUUUGUGAAUUCAAGUUUUUGAUUUUAAAGUCAGAAAUUUAAGAAAAUAAAUUUUCAUUGAAAUUUUGUGCGUUUUAUAAAACAAAAAAAGAAAAGAAAUCAACAUGUGCGACGAAGAAGUAGCUGCAUUGGUUGUCGACAAUGGAUCCGGUAUGUGCAAAGCCGGUUUCGCUGGAGAUGAUGCUCCACGAGCUGUAUUCCCAUCCAUUGUCGGUCGUCCAAGACAUCAAGGUGUCAUGGUCGGUAUGGGACAAAAAGACUCAUAUGUUGGAGACGAGGCACAAAGCAAGAGAGGUAUCCUUACUUUGAAAUACCCAAUUGAGCACGGUAUUGUCACAAACUGGGAUGAUAUGGAGAAAAUCUGGCAUCACACCUUCUACAAUGAAUUGCGUGUCGCACCCGAGGAACACCCUGUCCUCUUGACUGAAGCUCCACUAAAUCCAAAGGCCAACCGAGAGAAGAUGACUCAAAUUAUGUUUGAGACAUUCAACACUCCCGCUAUGUAUGUUGCCAUCCAGGCUGUACUUUCACUGUAUGCCUCUGGUCGUACCACUGGUAUUGUGUUAGAUUCUGGUGAUGGUGUUUCACACACUGUGCCAAUCUAUGAAGGUUAUGCUUUGCCUCAUGCCAUUCUUCGUUUGGAUUUGGCUGGUCGUGAUUUGACAGAUUACUUGAUGAAAAUCUUGACUGAACGUGGUUACUCAUUUACCACAACAGCUGAACGUGAAAUUGUCCGUGACAUCAAGGAGAAGCUCUGCUAUGUUGCUCUAGAUUUUGAGCAAGAAAUGGCAACAGCCGCAUCAUCUAGCUCAUUGGAAAAGAGCUACGAAUUGCCCGAUGGUCAAGUUAUUACUAUUGGUAAUGAACGUUUCCGUUGUCCUGAAGCCCUAUUCCAGCCCUCAUUCUUGGGUAUGGAAGCAUGUGGUAUCCAUGAAACCACAUACAAUUCCAUCAUGAAGUGCGAUGUCGAUAUCCGUAAGGACUUGUACGCAAACACAGUAUUGUCAGGUGGUACCACCAUGUACCCAGGUAUUGCUGACCGUAUGCAAAAGGAAAUCACCGCAUUGGCUCCAUCCACAAUGAAAAUCAAGAUCAUUGCACCACCAGAGAGGAAAUACUCCGUAUGGAUCGGUGGAUCUAUCUUGGCAUCACUCUCCACUUUCCAACAGAUGUGGAUCUCGAAACAGGAAUACGACGAGUCUGGCCCAUCAAUUGUCCACAGGAAGUGCUUCUAAGCGUAGUAGUUCUCGCAAAACCGUAUUAUGUAUUGCUAAUUUUUAUUUUUUAAUUAUUAUUAUUAUAUAAUUAUAUAUGAAAAACAAGAAAGCGAGAGAGAAGCGGGAGAGAGAAAUAACAAUAGAUAACAUCUUGUGUUGUUAAUAUCUCUCCCCCAAGUAUCAACAACAGCCAGCAAUGCGGCAAACAACAUCUCCAUAACCGCGAACCGCUAAAUUUAUAAACAAAAUUAAAAAGAAAAAGAGAAAUGAAGAGAAAUUUUGCAUAAACAAAGAAAAAAACAUGUUCUUUUUUUUAUUAAACUAGAAAUACAAAGGCAUUUCCUCUUCUUAAUUAUUAAAUAUAAAACAAAAACAAAAAAACUACCAUUCACACUAUAAAAAAAAAACAAACACCAUACGCGACACAAAAUACAUUCUUUUUCAUUAUUUAUAGUCUUAUUAUAAUAUAAUAAUUAUUUACAUUUAUUAUGAAGAUGAUUUGCAUUCCUUUUUAUGUAUUGUAUGUACAAUUGUUUUUCAUUUCUUUUAUUUUUGUUUUUCAACAAACCUAAAAAAUACUUAAAAACCCAUAAAUGAAAAGACUUACACGUUCAGAAUGAAAACAAAAAAGACAUUUUUUGAUGAGAAAAUUGUAAUAAAAAAACAGAAAAGAAAACACUAUUUGAUUUAUUAUUUCUUUCCUUAUCAAACAUAUAACAUUUAAACAACAAAGAUGGUUGAUCAGGUGCAAUCCAUAUCCGCUUCUAUGGUGCCCAAUUCCGCAAGCGUAAAUGAAUUGUUUCAUGAAGCGCAAACUUUCUACUUGUCUUCAAAAAUAUCGGUGAAUAAAUUUACACAUCUUGAGAAAAAAGUGCAUAAAUGCAUCUCAAAAUUGUGGAACACUAGUGUUUAUCACGGACUCUUGUGUAGGUAGAGAAAUCGCACGCUUGCGGAAUUUGGCUUCUGGAUUCUUAUUCAUAUUUAAACUUUUAUUUAUUAAUUGAUGAAAUGUGGAGUGAAUUAAAUUAACUCACAUGCACAUCACAGAAGUGUGAUUUCUUUAUUUGAUUGUUUUCUUUUCUUGUCUUUUUAUUUUAUUUUGAGUUGUGUUAGCAUAGCAUAGUUAGAGAUUAAUGGUGUUUCUUAAUAUUCAAAGUGUAUUUUGUUUUAAAGAGAAAGGAAAUGCUAAAUUUGAUCUACAUACAUAUUUGAUAGGAAAAAGAAAUAGAAAGCUAACUGCAUAAUACAAUACGGAAACAAAAUUGAAAAGUUAAGAUUAGAACACUUGUCUAACUUGGAGGUUCGCUAUUUGUUUCCUUACAUUUUUUACCACUAAAAAAACUAAAGAAAUAAAAAAUACGAAAAUCUAUAAAAGUCA